CCGGGUGGGAGGAUGCACUGGGCACUGGGUCCAGCCCGGCCCACACCGGGACCGGGCGCAGUCUCCUCCCCCGAAUCGAAUGCACGCGCGAGAUUUUAAAACAACUCGACCUCUACUCCUCUUCUCCAUCUCUCUCCAUCCUCCUCCUCCUCAUCCCCAUCCUCAUCCCCAUCCUCAUCCCCCGACCCCCUCCUCUUCUCUUCUCUCACGACCACCCCCGCUCCCCCCUCACCCUCAAAAGGCAUCGCCGCCACCCUCCAACCCCCUCCCCUCAACCCACCCCACAAUGUCUGCCGCCACCCUGCGCCAGCGUAACGUCGACAAGCCAGGUGCUGCCGACAAGGCCGAGCUCCUCCGUGAAGCCGAGGACCUCGAGCUCACCGAGGGCCAGAAGUUUGUCGUGCCCAACUUUACCGUCAAGCAGCUCUUGGACGCCAUUCCCGCCCACUGCUACAAGCGCUCGGCGUUCAAGUCGUCGCUUUACGUCCUCCAGGACUUUGUCCUCCUCGCCGCCCUCGUCUACGGCGCCUACCACAUUGACUCCUUCUUGAGCCGCUUCAACCUUGGCUCGGUUGCCCACACCGCCGCCAAGAUCGGCCUCUGGUUCACCUACCAGGUCCUUGCCGGCAUGGUCGGUACCGGUAUCUGGGUUAUCGCCCACGAAUGCGGCCACCAGGCCUACUCCGAGUCCAAGACGAUCAACAACGCCGUCGGCUGGGUCCUCCACUCGAUCCUUCUUGUGCCUUACCACUCGUGGCGCAUCUCGCACGGCCGUCACCACGCCGCCACCGGCCACCUUACCCGUGACGAGGUCUUUGUUCCCCGCACCCGCGAGCAGCUCGGCAUCCAGGCCCCCAAGACUGAGGAGGAGAAGAAGGGCAUCAACGUCCCCGCUUGGCGCCAGGCUGAGCUUCGUGAGGCCCUCGAGGAGUCGCCUAUCGGUGCGCUCUACGGUGCCAUCCUCCACCAGCUCUUCGGCUGGCCCAUGUACCUCAUCCGCAACGCGUCCGGCCAGCUCUGGUACCCCAAGAUGACCAACCACUUCCAGCCGUCGUCGAUCAUCUUCAAGCCCUCGCACUUCUGGCAGAUCAUUGCUUCGGACAUUGGUGUUGUUCUCACCGCCGCCGCCCUCGGCGUCUUUGUCUACUACCGUGGCUUUGCCGAGAUGGCUCGCAUCUACCUCAUCCCCUACCUCUGGGUGAACCACUGGCUUGUCUUCAUCACCUUCCUGCAGCACACCGACCCCGUUCUCCCCCACUACUCGGAGAAGACUUGGACCUUUGCCCGUGGCGCCCUGGCGACCAUUGACCGCAACUGCCUCGGCCCCGUCGGCCCCUACCUCUUCCACGGCAUCACCGAGACGCACGUCGCGCACCACACCUCGUCGCGCAUCCCCCACUACAACGCGUGGGAGGCGACCGAGGCCCUCAAGAAGUUCCUCGGCCCCCACUACCACUACAACCCCGAGAACAUGUUCGUGUCCUUCUGGAAGGCCCACCGCUACUGCAAGUUCAUCGAGGCGGGCGAAGACGUCGCCUUCUACCGCAACGCCGCUGGUGUCGCGCAGAAGGUCGGCAUCAUCGAGGAGAACGGCGCGGUGUCCGACUCGGGCGUCGAGCACAAGUAAGCGUUGCGCUCGCGUACGCGUAGGCCGGCGGCGGCAGCGGCAGCGGCGGCGAGGUCGGCAAGAUCUCCGCCACACGCCGCACCGAUAGAAGUAGCAUAUAAACGAGAAAAAAACCUUAUCCCACCAUCUACCCCCAUCCCAACCCAGCACUGCCGACGCGCACACGACUCAUAGAAACCAUUACAUCCGGCUGUGCGCGUGUCCUCAUUUCAUCUUGGGCUGACGGUGCCUAAACGGUCGUUUCAUGCAUUCCAUCUUUUAGUCGGGGGUGGGCGGCGGCACGAGAUGCGGCGGCGGGCCGCGAGCAGCGAUAGCGCGAGACGCGGACAGAGAGGAGGCCGGCUAGGGAGUCGACGAGGUACAGAAUGACGGUGAUGCGGUCAUGCGCUGUUCAUUUCUUGAUGUCAUGCACAGAAUCAGAGU